AUGAAUUCCGAUUCUUGCGUAGGCAUAUAUGCACCUGAUCCGAGACUUCUGCCGUUUUUGCCGAGAAAAUUCACGGACUCGACGCAGAUUCAUUGCGUAUUAAAGUCGAUCAAGAGUUAUCCGUUCAAUCCCGUCAUGAACGAGAUUCGCUGUUGCGAGCUGGAGCGGAAAGUGGAAGUACAGGAAGCUUUAACAUUGUUAAAGGAAGAGCUCAAAGGGACCUAUUACACGCUCGGAGCAUUAGACAAACAGAUUCGGCAACAAUUACUGGACGACCAUUUCCUGUUUAACGAAGGCAAGGACAAGUAG